UGACAACCGACUUGUUCAAUACGAUCUGAAUGUGGUGUAGAUCUAUGUCAGCAUAUGUUCAUCUUCUCUUGUCAUUGUUUUAAUUUCAAACGAUAAAUACACUUUAAAUUCCUCUCAAGAUGUAUAAACUGGAUUUGCCUGUCGAUUAUAAGCAGGCGGCUGCGAUAGAACGCCGACGUGCUAUGGAGGAGGAGAGAAAAACGCGAAUAUUCAAUGCAAAAGUUCGACAGAUAGGGAUUGAUAAGCAAGCUAUUGACCAGCAAAUCUUUGAUAGAAAGCAAAUGGAAGACUAUGAAAGGAAAAGGCAUGAAGCUUUCGCUGCAGAUGCACUUCGUAAUGACAGAAUAGCAGUAUUGCUUGAAAAACGCCAAGAACAAGAUAUUAGAGCCCUGAAUGAAGCAUUGAAUGAGUUCAGAGCUCUGCACCAACAGCCAAAUCAGAGAAGAGAAUGGGACCUUUAUGAUCCUGAUGGACUCAAAAAAGACAAACCGGCCAGAGUUCAUGAUGAUGAUCCACGAUGUGGGGUGGCCAGCAUACAGAAAUUUGAUGGGGAAGAUCUAAACAGCAAAGCUAGAAAGAAGCUACAGAAUGAACAAUCUCGCAAAUGGCAUGAGGCUCAAAUGAGAGAACGGGAGCGAGCUAGAAGAAAUCAAGAAGAAGCAGAUCGACUGUAUGAGCUCAAGCAGAGAGAGUUGGAUGAAAGAGCUAUUCAGCUACAGCAAGCAGAAGAAGAGUGUCGCAAAGCUAUUGAUAUGGCAACAGCAUCUUACAAUGAUGCACUGAAAAAUGAACAGAGAGAAAGAGAAAGACUAAAGCGGCAACAAGAACAAGAUGAUAAUAUGACUGAGAUUGCAAACCAUGUAUUUGGUGACAUUUUAACAGAGAAUCCCGCUGUUGCUCAAAGUGCAUUUGGUCCUCACCGUGUCAUUCCAGACAGGUGGAAAGGUAUGUCACCACAGCAGCUUGAGGAGAUUAGAAAAGAACAAGCAAGACAAAUGGCUGAAGCUGAGCGCUUGCGACAGGAAGAAGAGCUUCGAAACCGCGAGUAUGACAGACAGGCAUCAGCAAAUGCACGAGCUGCACUAUUAAUUGAGAAAGAACUUGAACGAAAACGCAAGGAGAUAGAAAAGGCACAAGCUGAUGAGAACCGUCGUCUGGCACAGGAACAAAAGGCCCACAUUGAUUUCCUCAAUAAAGAGGUCUACACCAACUCACCUACCUCAGCCUUCUUUAUGCAGUUUAACACAUCAACACGAUAGUUACUCAGCCUUGUAAUUAAUUAAGUCAGUGAAAUGAUCCUGCUUUCAACUUAUAAUAAGGAAAGUUAAGCACCUAAUGUAGUUGACAGUGAUUUUACUGAAGUCACUAUUUUCUUUGUGAGAUAUCAGUAUUUUCUUUCUCUCACUAUUCUUUUUAUCCCCCUCUCUGAAUUAAAAUUCCUGUACCCUUUUUUUUUGGCUCAAUAUCUUAAACUGGUACUUUGUAAAAGUUUUCAAACAUGCACAGUUAUAAACAGUAUUGAUUGUAUUUAAAUCGGCCAUGAAAUAUAUUCUAACAGAGGAAAUAUGUUUGACCUGGCCUAUGGGCAAUUUAAAGAGAGAACAUUUCUGUUAAGUAAAUCUGUGAUAAUGAUAAAAGCAAUCAUUGCUUUUUAAAAGCCUGCUAAUAAAAUACAAUUAUAUGUAUCUUACAGGUUUAAAAUGUUUUUAUAUGCUUUUAACAUGCUUAAAAUAUGUUUCAAAGUGUUUAGUUUUCAUGAAAGGGUUUCAUAAUGGGGUUUACAAAAGAAAACAGAUAAUUACCAUGAGUUAUGCCUAAGCAAAAUAAAAGCCACUUCAAAAGAAAGCCAUAGUAUAACAAAUGAAAUAUUGCCUAUUAAACAUUAAUAUGAAAUUUGGCCCUUGAAAUGAAACAAUGUAUAUUUGUAUUUGAUUUUAUGAAUUUUACACAAACUAAUUUUUAUGUUGUUUUUUUUUUUUAUUCCACAUUCUAUUAUGAUUUUUAUAUUAUUUGUACAUACAAAUCUAUGAGUUUUAUACACAUUUAUAGAAAAAAUCUAUUAUGUUCAAAAAUAAAUACAAAAUAAAGCAGUGAGAAGUUUAACUAUUCACAAA